AUGCCCGGGAUCCGCGCAACCUACAGGACGGAUGGUCAACUGCUCAAACACCGGAGGAUGCACUUGCAGUCGCUUGCCUCCACAACCACCGUCCACGAACUUUUAUUCGCCGACGACUGCAUCCCCAACACCACCUCGGAAGAGUCCGUGCAAAGAAGCAUGGACCUUUUCUUCGCUGCCUCUGAGAACUUCGGUCUGAUCAUAAACCGGGAAAAGACGAAUGGCAUGCUCCAACCGCCACCUAACAUAGCCCACAAUACGCCGCAAAUCAGUGUGAACGGAACCCAACUGCAAGUGAUGUACAACUCCACGUAUCUGGGCAGUACAAUCGCCCGCGGCACCAAAAUCGACGACGAAGUGGUCCGCUGGGGUUCCAAGACCAGUCAAGCCUUCGGUCGUCUUCAAAACACGGUUUGGAAUCGUCACGGCUCUCUGCUCAGCACAAAACUGAAGACAUAUAAGGCCGUUAUCCUCCCGACGUUGCUGUAUGGAGCAGAGCCUUGGACAGUGUACAUGAAGCAAUCGUGCAGUCUCAAUCACUUCCAACUUAGCUGUCUUCGACGGAUACUGAAGCUGAGGUGGCAGGACCGGAUCCCUGAAACUGACGUACUGGAGCGGACGGGAAUUAUCGGCACAUACGCCAUGCUGAGACAACUACAACUGCGUUGGAGCGGCCGCCUCGUGCAGACGGACAACGAGCGGCUACCCAAACGAUUCUUCUGUGGAGAUGUCACCACGGGCCCUCGCCGCCAAAGAGUCUGA